UGAUUGACAGGCAAGAUGUCGGUGUGGUGCGAGGGAGAAGGGGAUGCAGCAGCCGGCGCCCGAGCCAGGGCACAGCGAGCGGCAGCGGCGGCGGCGGGAGCAAGGCAGACAGCAUCUUGAGCCGGCGCCCCGGCCCCGCGGACCAUGCCAGUCCGUCCAGGCCACUGCCGGGAGGACGGGCAGCUCGUUCUCUGACCUCCAGCCAGACAAGGCUACCCCAGCUCGGGCUCUCCUGCAUGGAGCCGGGGGGUAAAGAGUGAGCCUAGAUCAGCCUCCUCUUCCUCCAUCCUCCUUCAUCUUCUUCCAUCCUCCUCCUCCUCCUCCUCUUUCUCCUCCUCCUCCUCCUCCUCCUCCUCCUCCUCCUCCUCCAUCCUCCUCCCCAAGUGCACAGCAUCACCCUACCCACUACCUGGCUGGCUCCUGAGCUACAUUCAGCAUCUCCCCUGGAGCCAGGGACAGAUAGGAUAGACCCUCUGAUGGAGCCGACUGGAUGCCCAAUAAAACAAUAAAUUCUCUCUUUUUUUCUUUCCUUCCUUUUUUAAAAAUCCUUUCUCCCAUUCACCGGCCUUCCCUCCUCCCCUCCCCCGUGAGAUGUGGACUUUUUUCUUCAGGUUGACUGGUUGAGAAGUGGCCGGAGGGGCGGAGGUGUGUGUGUGUGUGUGUGUGUGUGUGUGCGCGUGUGUGUGCGUGUGUGUAAGCAUACCACCACCCUUUUCUUUCUCUCUCUCUCUCUCUCUCUCUCCCUUUUUUUUUCCUUUUUGGCCCCGGGAGGAGGAGGAGGAGUGGGGGCAGAGACGGGAGGGGGUUUUGGAGGGCAAGCUAUGGAUGAGGAAAACAUGACGAAAAGCGAAGAGCAUCUGAGUUUGCAGAAAGCCCUGCAGCAGUGCGAACUGGUCCAAAAUAUGAUCGACAUCAGCAUCUCGAACCUAGAGGGGCUCCGAACGAAAUGUGCCACCUCCAACGACCUGACCCAGAAGGAAAUCAGGACCCUGGAGAGCAAGCUGGUUAAAUACUUCAGCCGACAAUUGUCCUGCAAACGGAAAGUGGCCCUCCAGGAGCGCAACGCCAAGCUUGAAGGCUUCCCGCAGCUCCAGCACUGGUUUCGAAUUGUGGAUGUACGAAAGGAAGUCAUGGAGGUAAAAAAAAGGCCUUUUAUUCCCUCACUUCACUAACCCUCUUAACAAAGGGACAAUUCUGGAGAUUGACAAACCUAGGAGACAUAGUGAAUACAUUGGAAGAGAGGGGAACCCAAAGGAUCAUGACCAGCUAGAACAUGGGACCCAACCAAAUAAGAGGAAAUUCAAUAGGGAUAGAUUCAAAGUGUUGGUUUCAUGGUUUUUCACGUUCAAAUAACUCAUCUUUAAUUGGUCAGGGUACUUGACUUGCCUAGACUGGCCCAUGGGUUAUGUAAUCUCAAGAGAGCUGAAAGGAAAGUAAUAAAUUGAUAAGCACUUAUUUAAUGCUUUCUGUAUGCUAGGCACUGGAGAUAUACAGACAAAACGACGUUUUCCCUGCCCUCAAAGAGUUUACAUUCUAUUAGAGAGGACCCUCCUUUUGUUGGGGAAAAUUUAUGGGACACAUAGUGAAAAUCAGUUGGUGAGUUGUGGUUUACAUCAGCAAUUGCUGAAGGGAAUUCCCAAAGAAUCUUAGAACUUGAGAGUUGGAAGAGGCCAUCUAGUACAACCCUUUCUUAAAAAUAAGCCCUUCUGAUAG